AUGGCUACCCAGUUCGAGGACUUGUUAAAAGUGGAUGGGAUAGUACAAGGAAUCGCGGAUUUCCUGGGUACAAAUGAUUACUUGAGUUUUCGACGAGUUAAUAAAUUGGUUUAUGAGAAACAGCUAAAUGGAAAAUGGGAUAUUACAUAUUGGACCAGAAAAUUGAUUCGAAUGGGCAUUGAGCCGUCUGAAGAAGACGAAGAGGACGAGAUUUCAUUGCUUACAGAUGAUUCAGAUGCUAUGAGUUUCUUUGACGAUGUCAAGACUUUUAAGCCUAAAAAAAGCAGACAGUGCUAUAAGACUGCAUUCAAAUGUUACCAGAGAUUUAUCGACAAGCUUUUCAAUUACGAUAUGAGCAAUUUCUUUCCUGUGGAAUAUUCAGAUCCUUUAAGCCAAGCAAAGGUUUUGAACGGAAUUUCUAGAUAUAAUAGAAGCAACGUCAAUGAGUAUGGGAAAUUCAAGAAGGUACAGGAAAAUCUGCAGGUUCUACGAGAGUUAUUCGUGAACACGCUUUUGAAAGAACUGGAUUUAGUGUUUGGAAGACGGGAACUCGAAACUUCUGCAAAAUUGAUCAAAGCUUUGCUGGUAUCGCAUGAGGAGCAAACUGCCGUGGAUUUCUUCAAAUCUAGAAGUGAUUUCGCCAAGGAAGUCACGUUGCCGGAAAAGCUGUUUAGCAUUGAGUCUAAAUCUCUUGACGACGAAGCGUUAAGUUGUGCUCUCUCUAUCAUGCUCAAAUUUUUCAACGACAAGAUAAAAUUAGUUGAUAUCUUGUUUGGUAACCAGUAUCCUGUUAUUGUCAGUUACCUAGAGGGCGUUAUCGCAUAUAACGUGUCAACGUACUUUGCAGAGCAGGUAUCGAACUCGGAAAAUCAAGAUACGGAGACAGAGUCUUGGAGACUCUUGAAUUUGCCUCAAAUUUAUACCACUUUGACCGAUGCUCUGAGUAAAGAUCUGGACAAGAGUGAAAAUGGAGGACCUCACUUGAACAAAAUGGUUCAGGAGUUUUUCAACCUUUAUUUAGAAAACAAGAUUGUUUUAUUUCUCAGCGUGUCAGUUCAGAGUUUCAACGAAAGGACCAGGGACAAGCUGCGCGAAUACCAGAGACAAUCGGAGCUCAAAGAAAAAGAGCAGAACGAACAAAUCUACAAUACUUUGAAGGGAAGAGCCACGAAUGAACAGCUCAUAGGAGAGAAAAACGAUUUUCUUACGUCUUUCACUAAGAUGUUCAGAAUGUCUAGCUCGAAAUCCGGUAAAGACGAGCAGCUCAAAUUUGCUGUCAGUUUGAAUGUUAUGAACAGCAACCUGAGAAAUAUCCAGUCCCUUGUUAGUCUGGCAUUGUGUUGCGAAAUAACAGAAGAUUGCCGAAAUUGUGUUGAACAAAUGUGCAUUUUCCUCUCGGAUACCAGCGUAAUUGAACUGGUAAAAUCUCACUGCCAACAGCUUUUCAAAUAUCUCAUUUUCCAGCUCUCCGAAAAUCAUCUACAAACAGGUUUCACUAAAGCCAUCGAGUAUCUUAAGAAAUACAAUGGCAAUGAAAUUAAUAGCUUGAGCUUAGAGAUGCAAGAUUUUGACACACAAGUAGAACCACUUGUAAAAUUCGCAGAGCUUAUUAAUAUUGGGGACAUUAUUUUGCAAAUGACUACCAUUUUUUAUAAUAAUGAACUGAUUCACAAGGGCAUCAUGAACAAAAAUAAGGACUUUCUCAAUGAUGUUGUACAAGUGAAAAAAAACUUCGAGCUCGCACUAGAUGAUUACGUUGCGGAGGGUCUUAAUGUCGGAAUCAAUAAGCUUAUGAAUGAAGUACUAUUUGUAUUCAGCACGCUUCAACUUCCAAGCGAUUACAACCCAGAUUCCAAACAGGGCGUUGUUACUGAAAUGAAACCCACGAAAGCGGCUGUAAAAAAUAUAGAACUUCUCACAAACCAUUGCUUCCUUCUCACAGGUGCAACUGACAAAGGCACGGUAGAUGUCUUUCAACAAGAAGUUGGCGAAAGGUUUUUUGACGAAGUUGUCAAAAACAUCAAAAAGAACCUCAUUUCAACAGAGGGCGCCAUCUUUUUGAUUUGCGAUCUCAAUUUGUACUAUGAGUUUUUUACCAAGAGACUUAAACAAAAAAGCAUAGUGCCCCUCUUUGCUGGUCUCAAAGCUGUGGGCCAGCUAUUUCUCGUGUCUCCUCAUGACUCCAAGGAACUAGGUAAAAUGAUAUGCGAUCUCGAGAAAUUUCAGGGAGUUUUUACUCAGGAGGAAAUUUAUGAGUUUGUUCAGAGAAGGACUGAUUGGGUUAAAGUCAGAAGAGACGUAGAGAAGGUCAUGUAUGGUUUGGGGGUCAGCGACUGCGCAAUUAUAUAG